UUACCGGAUUCAACAUGGAAGCUCCGCUGGUCGCCAUGGCGUUUCCGAAACUCGAGCGCGAAGGUCCUCCCACAGCGUACAUGCCGCACAACUCAGGGGACCACCCUGUGCUUGAACAGCACCGCAGCAUCAAUAUCAAACUCGAAGCAUUGCGUUCGUUACGUCGCCGGGUGAGUGUUGUGCCGACCAACUCGUUCACCACGUCGCUUGUCUUUGAUCGAAGGCACGUUGAUCGCUCGUUGUAUCCCAGUGGUGGUCUCGCCCGUCUCGGUGACAUGGAAUCAUUGGUCUUGGACUUUCUCGGUGCACGAGACCUGGUGCUGAACGUGUCGAUGGUGUGCCGUCGCUGGGCUAUGUUGUACGUGCAAGACAGCUUGUGGGCCAAGUUCAUGACAACUGGCGUCGAGGGAUAUCCGCUCCGCGGACUCCUCGCGCUUCCGUCUGAGGCUUCUGUGAUCCCCAACAUCCAGGUGUACAUGAUGUACUGCUUGAGUGGUUUGGCGAAUGGACCCCUGCUUGGUCGUGCCUUGGAUUCUGCCAACGUUCUUCAGACCCGCCAUUAUAAAGACGAUGACGUGAUAAUUGCCGACGCGAGUGUUCUGGACAAGUUACGUGUCUUGGAGACACGUUUCGUGUCGUCGAUCCACGUCCAACGAGUGCAGUUGAGCCGUGAGAGACGAAUCGACUUGCUCAUGCACGUUCCUGAUCCUGUGGUUGAAGCCAUUGUCGUCGAUGAUAUAAACAAAUCGUGUGUGUCACUGCACACGUGGCUCCAGCGGAACACCAACGGCACAGCGUCCCCGCCGUCCACCGAUGUCCUACGCUCAAUUCUCCAUCAAAUUUUGCAUGGACUUGUCGCGCUUCAAGCGGCUGGCUUAACGCAUGACAAGGUGAGCAUGCGAACGGUCAUAGUUCAUCCGUUGGAUGAAUCCAUCUCCCUUGAAAAUGAUCGUUUCGCAUCAGACAAGAGCGUCGAGACAGAAGAGUCGUCCGACAGCAUGAAUCGAGUGCCGCUCGUGCAAGUGGCUGGUCAUGCCUAUCUCAACCACGUGCUUUUGUCGCCCAACGACCCUCCUGUGGCUGCAAUGGACCAUCACCAUGCUAGCCACGCAUUCCAAAAUGACGUUGUUGGCGCACCGACCCCCUUGCUCGACGACACACUGUUCCGUAAUCGGUUCUGGACAUGCAUGAAGAAGAUCCGCGUCGGCGGCCGCCACCGCCGCAUACGUCGGUAUUUACCUGGACAAGAACCCGAUGACGAGUACGCCGAGAGCGCGCCAACCGUGCACACGGCAAUGCUCGUCAUGUUUAUGCACUGCGUGCUCGACAUGUGCUUUCAAGGUAGGUGGACGGCCGCAGACGGGACUCCUGCUCCUCCCGUCCUCAACAACGUCGACGUCCUCGCACAACCCCAAGUCAUCCUGGACGUCAACCCGACGGAUGCACCGCGAUCUUUGUGGCAGUGCAUUCGCCGCCCUGUCGCUGCAAUCCCGUCAGACUGCCGUGCGAUGCUCCAGUACGCGGCGCAUUUGGUGUUUACGCAAGCCGCGUCGAUGGAGCCGCUGCUGCAACAUCCAUUCUUUCAACGACGAACCCUCGACACGAUUGUGCCCGUCGACGCCGGCAACAUGGUGGACAACGGCACGUUCAUGAACUUGAUUCAUCAGUGGUACGCCGCCGAACUGCCCCAAGCGUCACCGUCCCAUGACCUCCUCACCACGACAACCGUCUUGUACCCUCCCGCAUCAACCCUGUCGGAGAACUCCCAUGGCGUAUUCGAAAAAAGAAAAGAAAAGCACCCUGCAGCAACCCUCAUGCCCUCAGAGGUGCAUUUUGCCCGAUCGUACAUGAAGGGCCCGGUCGUGUCAGCGCAGAUGGCGCUGACUCGAUAUCGUUCCAUCGUUGCGCCUCCAAAUGCCACUCGCCGAUGGUUGCAAGACCUGGCGAUGUCGCAGGCGUACACGCUGAGGCAGUUGGACGUGUCGCAGUGUGUGGACCUGUCCAGCCGAACAAUCCUAUCGAUGCUUGACAUGUUUGGAUCGGUCGAGGAGCUCCGAGUGUCGAAAGCGAUGCUGCGCGAACCGACCGUCGACUAUAUGGUGGCGUCGCUGGCACAUUCCGUCCUGCCCAAGCUCCGCGGCAUCGACUCGGUCUUUGCCAAGUCGCUCGAAUCGCUCGAAACGUCGUACGCGACGCAGUUGACCAUCCUCAACGACGUCCUCGACCAAAUGCACGACACCUCGGUAGGAAGUUGAAUUGGAGCAUCGUGUGUUGGCGACGCACGAAUCCACCGUCGGAGCAAAUGGGGACCUUCUUGUUGCGCGUUUCAGUCCAUCAUACCUUUCAGACACUUACUUCUCCACAUGGAGAACCAAUUGUCAGGUCGCGACUUCAG